UUCAGGAAUUUGAUGUGCGGAGCACCAGCUGCUUCAGUGUUAACAUCUAUAUAACUGCCUUGUCCCAAUCAUUCUGCCCUUCAAUACUAGUUCUCCCAAUAAUUUACUCUCACCUAUCAAGAUCGAGCUUUUUCCCGAACCCUACACUUGUCUCAUUCAAACUUUGCGCAAAGUAUCAGAGUUACUUGCAAGCGCCGUCACUGGCACCUCAUUACCAGAGACAGAUAUCGUCGACACGUGAAAGUGCUGGCAGCAGUACAUAAUACCCAUUAACCUUUCACCUCUCCUCAUCCUCCAUCAGUCAAACCAAGAACUGUUCUCCAUUUGCGAUCACAAUGGCCUCCGUCGAUUCUGUCCUUCAGGGUGUCUCCGUCUCCGGCAAGGUUGACGACAUCCACCGCAAGAUCCUCACGCCCGAGGCUCUCGCCUUUCUUGCACUGCUGCACCGUUCCUUCAAUGAGCGACGCAAGAAUCUCCUUGAGCGCCGCAAGGCUCGCCAGGCCGAGCUUGAUCGAGGAGUUCUUCCUGACUUUCUUCCUGAGACUAAGCAUAUUCGCGAGAACCCUACGUGGAAGGGUGCCCCUCCUGCCCCGGGCCUGGUGGACCGUCGUGUUGAGAUCACCGGCCCCACAGACCGGAAGAUGGUUGUCAACGCACUAAACGCCAACGUCUACACUUACAUGGCUGACUUUGAGGACUCCAGUGCCCCAACUUGGGAUAAUAUGAUUAAUGGACAGGUCAACCUGUACGAUGCCAACCGCCGUCAGGUCGACUUCAAGCAGGGACAAAAGGAAUAUAAGCUUCGUACCGACCGCAAGCUACCUACUCUCAUUGUCCGCCCUCGUGGCUGGCACCUCGAGGAGAAGCAUGUCACAGUUGAUGGCGAGCCUAUCUCUGGUUCCCUCUUCGACUUUGGUCUUUACUUCUUCCACAAUGCCUUUGAGACGCAACGUCAGGGCUUCGGUCCUUACUUUUACCUUCCAAAGAUGGAGAGCCAUCUUGAGGCUCGCCUUUGGAACGACGCCUUCAACCUUGCUCAAGACUACAUCGGUAUGCCCAGAGGCACCAUCCGAGGUACUGUUCUGAUUGAGACCAUCCUUGCCGCUUUCGAGAUGGACGAGAUCAUUUAUGAGCUUCGCGACCAUAGCUCUGGUCUCAACUGCGGUCGAUGGGACUACAUCUUCAGCGUUAUCAAGAAGUUCCGCAACAACCCGAAUUUUGUCCUGCCAGACCGUUCCGCGGUCACCAUGACUGUUCCCUUCAUGGAAUCAUAUGUGAAACUUCUGAUCCAGACAUGCCAUAAGCGUGGUGUUCACGCCAUGGGUGGUAUGGCUGCACAGAUCCCUAUCAAGAAUGAUACUGCUGCCAACGACAAGGCUAUGGAGGGUGUCCGCGCCGACAAGCUCCGUGAAGUCCGUGCUGGACACGACGGCACUUGGGUUGCCCACCCUGCUCUUGCAAGCAUCGCUACCGAGAUCUUUGACAAGCAUAUGCCAACUCCCAAUCAGUUGUUUGUGAGAAGAGAGGAUGUUACCAUUGGCCAGAACGAUCUGCUCAACAUGAACGUCCCCGGUACCAUCACGGAAGAGGGAAUCAAGAAGAACCUCAACAUUGGUCUUGGUUAUAUGGAGGCAUGGAUUCGCGGAGUGGGUUGUGUCCCCAUCAACUACCUCAUGGAGGAUGCUGCCACCGCCGAAGUCUCUCGAAGUCAACUUUGGCAAUGGGUCAAACAUGGCGUUAACACUGCUGAAGGCAAGCGUGUUGAUAAGUCGUACGCUUUGAAGCUGCUCAAGGAGAGUGCUGAUCAGCUUGCUGCGUCUGCCCCCAAGGGUAACAAAUACCACCUUGCUGCUCAAUACUUCUCUAGUCAGGUCACUGGAGAGGAUUAUGCCGACUUCCUCACAACUCUUCUCUACAACGAGAUUACUCAGGCCGGACCUCCCAGCCCUGCUUCUAAGCUAUAAAUAAAUUUGUAUUCAAAAAAAGGGGGAUCAAAAUAGGCAUAAUGGAUCUAUCGAGCGUUUCAUGAGUGUAUGCAUAAUUCAGACUUUUUCCAAUAUGUUGUGGUUUUGGGUCAUGAUAUCAUUUGUUAUUUACACAGCCAAGGACUGGCAUUCAUCUACGACAAAAAGAGGUCAUUCUUUUAAUAAUUCGAAAUCUGUGACCAGUAAA